GCUGAAGCCCGCCAAGGCAGGCAUUCAAAGCCCAAGCCAAAGCCCAACCUUUAGUAUGCGGCAUCGUUUCAUUUCACCGUUUAACCAACUGCCACGCUUGAAGUUGCAGUAGUCCAUUAAUUUCAGAAGGGUCGGACGAAUGAGACCCCUCCGCAAUCUCAAUCCGCUCGACCAGCAUUCAUUUCCUGUCAAGAGAAAAAAAAGAAAAAAAAAAUCAAUCUGAGCUAUCACAAGUAAAGCCUGGUUGCUUAAGCCAUGGCGGCUUGCUUGCGAGUGCUCCCGGCGGCUUUCUCCACACCGUCUUCCGCCUCCAAUUCGUCUUCUCUCCGAAGGAGGAGCUUCAAGAUAGGCUGCUCCGCUACUGGUUCCAAGAACUCGGCAAGAAUCCCUAUGCCGCCGAUUAAUCCCAACGAUCCUUUCCUCGCGAAGCUCGCCUCCGCCGCCGCCAAUUCUCCCGAGCCGCUCCACGCCCGUCCGUCCAACUCCGACUCGCCGCCGUACCUCGACCUCUUCGACUCGCCCAAACUCAUGGCGACUCCCGCUCAAGUGGAGAGGUCGGUUUCUUACAACGAGCACAGGCCAAGAAAGCCACCGCCGGACUUGCCUUCCUUGCUGCUUCACGGGAGAAUAGUCUACAUCGGGAUGCCUUUGGUACCGGCUGUCACGGAGCUCGUAGUUGCAGAAUUGAUGUACUUGCAGUGGGUGGAUCCUAAAGAACCAAUCUAUAUGUACAUAAACUCCACAGGGACUACUCGUGAUGAUGGUGAAACAGUUGGGAUGGAGACAGAAGGUUUUGCCAUCUACGAUUCAAUGAUGCAAAUGAAAAAUGAGAUACACACUGUUGCUGUUGGUGCUGCUAUUGGCCAGGCUUGUCUUUUGCUUGCUGCAGGAACAAAGGGAAGGCGGUUUAUGAUGCCGCAUGCCAAAGCAAUGAUUCAACAGCCGAAAGUCCCAUCUUCGGGUCUGAUGCCUGCUAGUGAUGUUCUAAUCCGUGCGAAAGAGGCUAUAUCAAACAGAGACACUCUGGUUGAGCUUUUGGCCAAACACACCGAAAACUCCGUGGAGACCGUGGCUAACGUGAUGAAAAGACCGUUCUACAUGGAUGCCAAACGAGCCAAAGAAUUUGGUGUCAUUGACAAAAUUCUGUGGCGCGGACAGGAAAAGAUAAUGUCGGACAUUUUGCCUCCAGAGGAAUGGGACAAGCUGGCUGGCAUCAAAAUCCCAGAUCCCUUCUAGUUUCCGGUCUGAUUGUACUGGGACUUGUUAUCUUGUAAACAAAGUUCGAUUCCUCAGCUUCCAUGGCCUCAAGAGCAUGUAAUGUCCUGGAAGUUUUAGUUCUCAGUAGCUGGCUAUUGGUUUUUUGACAGACAAGGGAAAGAAAGAACACAUUGGUCAUUUGUAGUGCCUGGAGAAGAUAUAAUUGGAUGGUCAUUGUUACGUUGAUUACAUCGCAAAUUCGUGUCUAAAUUUGUGAUGUAUAAGCUAGAUAGCUGACAUGGCGAGUAACAAGUUAGUUUUCUGGUGAAUCGCUUUCUAAAAGACGUGAAUCAGGCAAAGUUAUAUGCACGGUCUUAUACUCUUAGGGUGCGUUUGGAUACAAGGAUUUGGAUUUGGUAUUUGUGAUUUGGAUUU